AUGAUGUUACAAAUUCGUCAUCUUUUCGCCAAAAGACAUUUCAUUAUUCUUGUCGCAAGUGUUGUUGGAGUUAUAAUUGCUGUAGCUACUUUUUUUAUUGGAUUUGCUGUUGGACGAACAAAAUCUAUAGCUCCUUCAUCUUCUCCAUCUUCUCCAUCAUCUCCAAGUACAACUAUUGAAACAUGUCGUGGUAGUCUCGAAGGUUAUCCUGUUAGUGGUUCAUCUGUAUUAGGAAAGUAUUCACAAGCAGCGAUUGCUGUUGAGAAUAUUGACUGCUCACGAAUUGGUCGUCAAAUAUUAGAACGUAAUGGUACAGCUGUUGAUGCCAUUAUAGCAGCAGCUAUUUGUAAUGGAGUUAUGAAUGCACAUUCAAUGGGAAUUGGUGGUGGAUGUGUUAUGGUUAUUUAUUCUAAACAAAGAAAUAAAGCAUAUAGUAUUAUUGGAAGAGAACAAGCACCAUUAGCUGCUAAUUCAACAAUGUUUAUAGGUCGUGAACAUAUGUCUACGAUUGGUGGUUUAUCUAUUGGUACACCAGGUGAAUUACGAGCUUAUAGUAAAGCAUAUUCUGAAUUUGGAGGAGGUGUUUCAUGGAAAGAACUUUUUCAACCAACUAUCCAAUUAUGUCGAGAAGGAAUUGUUAUUACUAAAAUUCAGGCUACAGCUAUUAAUGAAGUAAAAGUUGAUAUUCUUAAAGAUCCAGGAAUGAGAGAAAUUUAUGUUAAAAAUAAUCAAACAAAUGAGUUAUAUGGUGAAGGUGAUACAAUACAACGAUUGAAAUUAGCUCGAACACUUGAAAUAAUUUCUGAAAAAGGUGAUGAUGCUUUUUAUACAGGUGAAUUAGCUGAUGUUAUUGUGAAAGAAAUUCAAGAUCAAGGUGGAAUAAUAACAAAAGAAGAUCUUUCUAAUUAUCAAGUUGAUUUUCGUGAAGCAAUACAAGUUAAUCUUAAUGAAUCAUUAACAGCAUUUGUAUCAUAUCCACCAACAAGUGGAAUUAUUCUUUCAUUUAUGCUGAAUAUCUUACGAGGUUAUGGCUUUAGUCCGAAGGAUUUAGAGAGUGCAACAACUACUACUUUAUUUUAUCAUCGUCUUAUAGAAGCAUUUAAAUUUGCUUAUGCUAAAAGAAGUGAACUUGCUGAUCCACUGAAAGUUAAUAUAACUGAUCUCAUUCAAAAUCUAACAUCAAUAGAAUAUGCUGAUCAUAUAAGACAACGUAUUGAUGAUUCUAAAACAUAUGGAUUUCAACAUUAUGGUGGAACAUGGCUUGAUAAGAUGAAAACUGGUACAUCUCAUCUAUCAGUUAUUGGAUCUAAUGGUGAUGCUGUAGCAAUGACAUCAACUAUCAAUCUAUAUCUUGGUUCAGGAGUCCUUGGUACUGAAACAGGUAUUAUUUAUAAUAAUCACAUGGAUGAUUUUUCUACACCGAAUACAACAAAUUUUUUUGGUGUUCCGGCUAGUCCAGCUAAUUUCAUUGCACCUGGUAAAAGACCAAGCUCAUCAAUGGCACCAUUAAUUAUGUUUGAUCAGAAUAAUCAACGUGUAUUACAAGUUUUAGGUGGUAGUGGUGGCACUAAAAUAACUACAGCUGUUGCUCAAGUAGCUAUGCUUAAUUUAUGGUUUAGAAAAGAUAUUAAACAAGCAAUUGAUACUCCAAGAUUACAUUCACAAUUAUUACCAGAAGAAGUUUUAGCUGAACGUGGUUUUAAUCAAACAAUUCUAGAAGAACUAAGAAAGCGUGGUCAUAAUAUCCAAUGUGGUAUGUAUGGAGGAUCAAUUGUACAAGGUAUUGAAUGGAGAAAACAAGAAAAUCAAUUAUGGGCUUGUAGUGAUGUACGAAAAGGUGGUGCACCAAGCGGAAUAUAA